AGAGCCGCCGCCGAGCCUGCGGCGCGAGAGCCCCGGGCCAUGCGGCCGCCGCCGCUGUCGCCGCUGUCGCUGCUGUCGCUGCUGCUGCUGCUCGGCGGCCGCGGCGCCGCGGCGCCCCCCGCAGACUCUCUUUCCCAGCUGCCUGCUCCUCGAAACCCGAAGGUUCGCCUGCACAAUGCCGAGCAGGUUCUGAGUUGGGAGCCGGUGUCCCUGAGCAAUGACACGAGGCCGGUGGUCUACCAGGUGCAGCAUAAAUACCGUAGUAGCAGUACGUGGUAUGACCUCAGUGACAAGGUGGAGGUAAAGUGUAUGAACAUCACCACAACAGAGUGUGACUUCACCCCAAAAGGCAACUCAGUCUUUCUGCGACCGGAAUUCGACACCUUUUUACGUGUUCGAGCGAAGGUAGACGAGCUGGUCUCUCCGUGGCUGACAGUGCCUUCUUUCCAGUACUGUAGGAAUGUUACCGUCGGGCCUCCCGAAAACAUUUGGGUGACGCCAGGAGAAGGCUCCCUUAUCAUCAGGCUCUCCUCUCCCUUUGACGUCCGUGCCUUCUCGGCCACUUUUUUGUAUUAUGUCCAUUACUGGGAAAAGGCAGGAAUCCAACAGGUUAAAGGCCCUUUCAGGAGCACCUCCAUCGUGUUGAAUGACUUGAAACCCUUAAGAGAAUACUGUUUACAAAUCAAAGCGCAACUGGUUUGUGAAAAAGGAAACAUCUCUAGACCCGGACACUUAAGCAACGUAUCUUGCUACAAAACAGCGAUGGACGCCGCCACAAAACUCCAGCAAAUCAUCGUGAUUGCUGUGGGACUCUUUCUGUUCCUGUCGAUGCUGGCGGGGGCCUGUUUCUUCCUGGUCCUGAAAUACAGAGGCCUGGUGAAAUACUGGUUUCACUCUCCACCGAGCAUCCCGUUACAAAUAGAAGAGUAUUUAAAGGACCCGGCUCAGCCUAUCUUGGAGGCCCUGGACAAGGACAGCUCGCCAAAGGAUGAUGCCUGGGACUCUGUGUCCGUUGUUUCGUUUCCAGAGAAGGAGCAAGAAGAUGUUCUCCACAGUACUUUGCACCAAAGCCCCGGUCCGGUCCAGCAGCCUGUGGGAUGAGGGCUCUGAGCCGACGAAGCAGCUGAUGUUCGAGUCUCGACUUCACAGAGCCCAGCACUCCAUAUUCUCGUCCCGCCAAGGCCGCCGGUGCCUGGGAAGAUGCCAUGGGUCUCGUAGGGGAGACAAGUUGUUUUUUUUUUUUUCCUAGAGUUUUCUAAUCAUACAAGUUUCUAGAAUGAUUCUACAGAGAUAGCCCAGAAUAAUUAAGAUUUCUCUUAAACACUAAAAGGACACAUAAUUGUUAGCAAAAUGGCUCUGGUACGCCUCUGAGGUUUCGUUCGUCGGCAGCGAGGACGCCGGGUCCUCUCCUUGACUCGGGCGGGUGGGCUGCAGCCCCUGGGGCAGGUCAUGUAACCUGUCCCAGGCUGUCCCAACGAGGGAUAUCGAGUGACCCUUCGCCAUAGCCAGUCUCCUGCCUUAAAAUGUGAUUAGCCCUGUAAAUAUUUUCCUGGUAAUUUAAGCCUUUUUUUUUUUUCAAGCUAGGAAUAAAAGACUUUAACUUUUUCAAAGUAAAAGUGAAGUUUCUGCUUUCCAUUUCACCUUCUUUAUUUUGGCCUAUUUUCUGCAAAGUUUCAACUUUUUAAAAAAUUACUAUAUCUAGGGGUGCCUGGGUGGCUCGGUCCGUUAAGCGUCCGACUUCAGCUCAGGUCAUGAUCUCACGGCUCAUGAGUUCGAGCCCCGCGUCAGGCUCUGCGCUGACAGUUCGGAGCCUGGAGCCUGCUUCGGAUUCUGUGUCUCCUCUCUCCACCCUUCCCCCAUUUGUGCUCUCUCUCUCUCUCUCUCUCAAAAAUAAAUAAACAUUCCAAAAAAAAUUACUAUAUCUAAACUUUUGUUUACUUAAUACCUGGUAGAGCUACCGAGGCUAAUGGUCGGUCACUCAGCGAGAACUGUCUACGUGUGUCACAUGAUUCCUUAGGAGCGUAUAAAGGGCACUUUCAGAAGCCGCAUAAGCAUUUCACUCCUGAUGAGUCAUAUAUUGACCAAGGCCUGUAGGUAGUAAAGAGAAUUCGCUAAUGGACGACAGUGAUACCCACUGGGCACGCGCGUCUUCCGAUUAUGUAAGUAUUGAUGGGCUCUUUUGUUCAAGGGAUGUGGAUUAAAAAUCCAUUUAUAUGACUCAUCGCACUUAGGAAAUGGAUGUGUAGCUUCACACCCCAUCCCCCAACACACACACAAAGUGGUAAGUUGCCGUAACGUCUGCCUUACCCAGAAACCCUCCUGGCGGCCCAACCUCACUGGGAAGAAGAGACGCUGACUGUAGGAAUAUGCAGCUUCUAGCACUAAUUGAUGGGACCACCUUCCCUCUCUCAUUUGGGGCCUGUGCCACUGGGGAGGGAUCGGCUCUCAGGCCAAAGCACCGUGUCCUUUGCUGCCCCGAGUGACGGGAGAGAAAAGGACAUCCAUCCACAGGCCCCACGCCACUCAAGUCCUCCUGGGAGAGAUCCGCAUUACCUGUUAGGGACGGGUCUGUAAGAAGAUGGAGACUAUGAACACCUACCUGGGAUCAUUUAGGGGCUCUGAUAGAGGGCUUUCUCUGCUGGACCGUGGGGGAAGCCCUGGGAGGGGAGGAGGACGUAGCAGAAAGCAGGCCAGGGUUCGAGCCCAGCAGAAAGGGGGACAGAUCAAUUCCGCUGGAAAAUAAGUUCAUAAACGCCACCCUGUGUAAAAGGGAGUUAGUGACAGCUGGUCAGGGGCCAGCAGGCUGGCUGUGGGGACCAGAUUCUGCUAAGGCUGAACUGGCCUCAGGGCAGAAUCGGUGGAGCGUCCUGAAGCAGGAGUUCGCUGUGGUUCAGGCCCAGAGAGGCCCUUCUUGGUCGAAGACAGCGGCUUAUGUUAGUGACGGACUCAGAGCCCAAACCCAGAGGCAGCACUACGUCCGGGUGCCUCUCUGGAGCCAGGCUCUCCGAUGCCAUCGCAUACUAGGGGACAGGAUGCCGAUGACACCAAACUGGCUUCCCCAGGACUCCAAACGUGCUGCUGCUCUUUUCCAUCCUAACUCAGUAAGCGUCGCAAGGAGGCAUGGGGCUGGCGAGAAAGGACGAGAGUUAUUGGAGUAAGAUUCUCCAUUUUCAUGUCUCUUCCAAAAAAAAAAAAAAAAAACAAACCACACC